UAUUUCCGGUUGGGUUGUUUUGACCAUAGACAUCAUAUGGUUUUGGCUUCGCAGUGUUUGCGAAGAUAUCUGACGUCGGACACCGUUGGUUGUUGGUUAUUAUUUUAUCGUUGAGUAGAUAAUAAUGUCAGGAACUCGAUUAGAAAACGCCAAUCCUCUGAUAUUUCAGCGAUCAGGGGAAAGACUCCUAACUGCAACUGAUGAAGAUGAGGAUGUUGCGGACCCCAUCGAUGACAGGGAGAUCUUCGAUCUAAUUAGAUCAAUCAACGAUCCCGAGCACCCACUGUCCCUCGAAGAACUGAAUGUCGUGGAACAAAUGCGCGUCAAUGUGAAUGAUGAGGAGAGCACAGUGUCUGUGGAGUUCACACCGACUAUCCCACACUGCAGUAUGGCCACUCUCAUUGGCCUGUCUAUCAAAGUCAAGCUUCUGCGCUCCCUGCCAGACAGGUUUAAGAUUGACGUUCAUAUCACACCUGGCACACAUGCCUCAGAGGAUGCAGUCAAUAAGCAGCUCGCUGACAAAGAGAGAGUAGCAGCAGCUCUGGAGAACUCUCAGCUUCUGGAGGUGGUCAACCAGUGUCUGUACACCAGAAGCAUGUGAUCAGAAGAAGCCUGCCGCUCCAGUGUGCUCCUUUGACACGUUAUCUUGAUUGAACUCCUAAAGGCAAGCCAGAGUUGUGUGAUGAUGAUGAUAAUAAUUUUAUUGAAUUUAUCGUUAUUGCUAUUGUUUUGCUUCUUUUAUAAUUCUAUUGCUACACUCACAGUACCAGAUCAGGAAGACUGGUUAGUACUUAUAAAGUGAGAGGUGAGUUAAAAAGGUGUCAGGAAAGGGAACCACACUAAUAGGUAUGUGGAAACAGAAUUUGUAUUAAUGUUAUGUGAAUACAGAAUGAAAAGCUAUUUUGUAACUAUGUCAUAUAUUUGUGAAUAUGUACAAAAUUACUUUUAAUAGUAGUCUCAUUUUGACAUAGCAUCCUUUUAGAGUUGUUCUCAAAGACAUUUCUUAUUGAUCAAAAUGGAGCAUGUGUACAGCAGAAAUAGUUUGGACUGCUUUGUUUUGUACCUCUUGUUUUUGCCAAUAAAAAAUUGAGUUUAAGAAAAAGUUCAAGCAAUGACUCGUAAGCAAACAAUAUUUUCCUAAGCUCAGUUGUAUUGAUGUUACAGCUAUUUACUGUAAUCUGAUAUUUUUUUUCUUGCAUGAGCUUGAUUGGAAGGUAACAAUAAAUAAAAAAGGCUAAAAAUAAAUAAAAUCGGCCUAAUUUUUUAUGCUGUGGUAUAAAUAUUUCAUUCCUCCAGAUAAAUCAAAUACAGAUUUACUUUACAUCAUUA